CCCUCUCCCUGUCUCCUCCCCGGUCGCUCCGCCCAUUCACUCGGUCCCGCUGCCGCCUCUCACUCUGCCCGCCGGAGACGAGCGAUCCUAGCGCCGCGCUGUUUGCCAGGUUGGUAGAAACGGGACCCCCCGCCCCCGUUCGCAGCGGAAACGCUCCCUCCCGGCGGUGAGACUACCCCCGCUUGCCACGGAAGUGUCGCACUUACAGGAUCGGCGUUCACACAGCGGGGAAACAACGGCACGGACCGUCUCACCUGUGGACUUGGGCCCUUCCAUUCUGUCCGGAAUUGAUCCGUUGUUGAAGGGACCGGGUUGGUGCGGCAACACUCCAUCCAAAGGGAGCUGCCCGCUGCGGCUCCGAACUGUAACCCCUGAGCUGGGUUCCAAGUAGAAGGAUGACUGCCAAGUUGUAUCUGCUUGUGCUUACCAGCCAGCUGCCCUUCUUGUUUCAUGCACUAUCAGAGUGCACUGACGCAUCGGCAAGACAAACCGAUCACACUCCACACACAGAAAGAGAAGCUUUUAUAAGGGGAGAUGUGGCCCUCAGUUUCCUGGGACGGCGUCUCCUAUACAAUCGGUGGGAUUUUGAGAUAUUCACCAAAGGAAAUCUGGAGAGAGAGUGUAUCGAAGAAAUGUGUAACUAUGAAGAGGCACGAGAGGUUUUUGAAGAUGACAAGAAAACGAUUAUGUUUUGGAAAGAAUACUCAACAAAAGGCCCUUAUGCUAACUCAGGAACUACAUCUGAUGCUACUACAAUUUUGACAGCUUUCUUUGGCACUGUGUUAUGUUUAAUUGCAUUGGGAUUGAUCCUGUGGUGUUGCUGCAAGCACAGAUCCAAAGUUCGAAAUAGGACACGGAGGACUGAAGAAACUUCAAUACAUCUUGUGUCCAUUCCUGGGACCACGAAGUCAUUUCUGCCAUCUUAUGAGCAAGCACUUCUGGCAACUGGACAGUAUGAUGCUCCUCCUCCUCCCUACCCAAGGUCAUCUUCUGGUUCCUGAAAAUCCCAUCGCUACAGAAAAUUAAUGGACAAAUUAGUAUGGAUUUUUAAAAAAUUUGGCAUUAAUAGUGUACAUUUAUAUUAAGUGUAUUAUAAUAAAGACAUAUGCACUAUAAAAAUUAAAUUAAUUACUCUUUGUAUUUGAAUAUGUGAUAUUUGUAUAUAACUAUGUGGAUGUAAAAUUCUCCAGAAGUGAUACAGAAAUGUUGGUUUAUUUUUCAUAGAUUAACCUUUUUCAAACACUUUCUUACUUUAUUAUAUAAACGAAUAACAUUUUAACUGAUGCAGACUUUAAAUCUGCAAACCAGUGACCUUUUUGGCAUAAGUUUGUCUCAUUUCUUCCAAGCUGCAGGAUUUUCAGCUCCAGGGAUGAUUGGAAAAUUGAAAAUAUUUAUUUUGGGUUAGAAUUAAGUACAGCUGAAUACUUAAGCAUGUGUCUUCUGUAAUGUUUCUCAUGCAUCAAUAAUAAGUAUAUUUUCCUCACAAAAAUCGUCUACUAUUCCAUGUUAGUCUAGCAGCUCAGUCAGCCAAAUCAUUGUCAGACUCAAAAAAUACUGUCUUCAGUAGCUGCUUCACACUAAAAAAUGUACUGACCCUGGAAUUUCAAGGCCUAAUUACCUAGAUCAUUUUAUUAACUGUCUCUUUCAAUGAGUGCAGGUCUUCAAGUGUGGCUCUCAUAAUCAAACUCAGGUCUGCAUUCUUCAUACCAGUCAGCUCUGAGCUUGCAGUUUCCAUUGUAAUUCAGAUGGUCUUUCUAGCAUUUCAGCCUGAAUUUGAAGCAAAUCCACUGCCAGCACCGAGUUGAAACAUUAGCUGUUGACCACAUUCAGAAACUGCCCUAUCAUAUUUGCCAGUGUCCUGAACUUGUUAUUUUUAUCCCAUGAAUGCAAUGAGAUUAUGAUACCAAAUUUCAUCCCAAGAAUGCAAUGAAAUUAUGAGACCAAACUUCAUCCCUUGAAAUUUCAUCCCAAGUAUUUAAUGAGAUUUUAUCCCAUGAAGGCGAUAUUAUGACACCAAAUGGAUUGGUUAUAGUUUUAAUAUUUUUUGUUCCUGUAAUGUCAGAAUGUUAUAUUUGGUCUAAAGAAGGCCUUUGCUCUGGGCUUUGCCUUAUGUACCAAUUCAAGAUGAUUGAUGAAGAUGAAUCACAGGUUUUGAUGAAGGAUUAUGAAGAAGGAUCUAGUCAUGGAAAAUAAUUUUUGAUAAUUAAGUUACACCAUAAGAAAACAAAAUUGACAUUGUAUCCUUUGCCUGAAUUGUUCCAUUUGCUGUGGAACCCAUAAGUUGGUGGAACACAUACAAGGGGUGAUUUAUAAGUUCGUGGCCUAAGGUAGAAGGAGUCAAUUUUUGAAAAGCUAGCACAUUUAUUUUUCCUACAUUUACACACUUAGUCCAGCGGUCGUGGAGCACAUGGAUCCCUUCUUUGUAGAAGUCGGUGUCUUGGACCUCCAGAAAGUGGUCCACAGCAGGGGUGAUUGAUAAGUUCGUGGCCUAAGGUAGAAGGGUAUGAGUUAGUAACUUCAAACUUUCUGUGUUUUCACUCAAAGAGUUGAACUGCACGCACAGGUAACAAGAGCGGUAUAACUCAUCUCCUUCUACCUUAGGCCACGAACAUCAAUCGCCCCUGCUAUGGACCACUUGGAGGUCCAAGAUGCUCUUGUUAAAUGCACAUGCAGUUCAACUCGGAGUGAUAAUGCAGAAAGUUUGAAGUUCUAUCUCAUCUCCUUCUACCUUAGGCCAUGAACUUAUCAAUAACCCUGCUGUGGACCACUUCUACAAAGAAGGGAUCCGUAUGCUCCACGACCUCUGGACUAAGUGUGUACAUGUAGGCGGGGACUAUGUUGAAAAAUAAAUGUGCUAGGUUUUCUAAAAUUGACUCCUUCUACCUUAGGCCAUGAACUUAUCAAUCACCCCUUGUAUAAAUUUUAGAAGUGAGGGAAAGGUGUACGUUACAAAUAUUUGGACCUCUAUAUCCAAGAACAAUUAUUACUACCUUUGCUGGACAGGAGCACACUUGAAUUUGAGCAAGUUCAGAUGAUGGUUUAUCUAACCCAAAUUAGACCAACUUCUUUUGUCUCCUCCUUAAAGAAAUCUCUACCAUCUUAAUAUGAGAGCAACUCAACUGUGCUUCACUGUAGGUCUUUUGGGACACUAUUUAUCAAAUUCACCCAUUCACAUAAUUGAGUACAGGCCGGGAACAUUCCAGGCUCAUUCCAAGUAUGCAUAUCAUCUGUCAGGCUGGCGUUUCUGUCACUGUCUGUACUUCUGUGAUAAAAACAAGGGUUUAAAGUUCCAUCUCCUAAUUACAUUUUAGAGACUGCAACUGUAAGUUUCAUUUGAGUUGAUGAGAUGGCGUUGCAAAUGUACGAUCCAUUAGCACUGUUCAGAAAGUCCUGUUGCUGAAUAAUACCUCUUGGAUAAACUCACGAUCAUGAAUGGGGCUUGUGGAACUGUACCUUGAUAGACAGUACUUUCAGCAAAUGGGAUCAUUGGAGCAUAAAAUACCUACCUUGUCACUUUUAGUAUUCUGAGUAUUAAUUGCUAAUGAUUGACUAAUUAAACUUGAAAAUGUUGACUCAGGAAAUCAUUUUUCCGUACAAAGCAUGAAGGGAAAUAAAAUCACUUUAGUGAGAUACCUCAAGAUUUGAGUGCCUACAUUUAAGGAGAAUUGCAUGAAGGCGUGCAGGUCGCAAUAUCUGACUGGAAGAGAAAAACUAUUUUACUUCAAGACCUCGCACAUCCCUAAUUUGGCCUGCUUACAUUUCUUUUCACACAUGAAUUACUCUGUGCAAAAUUCCAGGGAAGAUAUUCUGGUAAUUCUUUCAUGCCCUACAGGGUUAUGAAACAGUACUGUGAAUAACAUACAUAGAGUGGUCUCUGUGUAGUCAUGCUUUUCAUGUGCUAUAAGUCCUCAAUUAUUGUGAAAUACAGGAGGCUUUACUUAACUAUGGUUAUAAUGUUAUUUUACUGAAUUUGCCAAGUUUAUUUUGGAGUUUUUCAUCAAUUGCAAUUGACAAUUAGAUUUUGUUAAAGACUUUGGAAAUUUUGAGGCAAAUCACUCUCCUUCUGGAACUGCUGACCCCAGAACUUUCCAAAUUUUCUGACCUUUAACUAAAAUUAAUGUUCCCCUUACAGAAAUUAAACAUUUUACUUGUCUUGCUCCAGUUUCUUGUUCUUCUGUUUCAUAUAAUCUCUGACGAGUUUGGCUUUAUUAUUCAGGAAAUUGGCUUCCAGAGUUUUGCCUUCAAUUAAUCAACAUUUGAGAUUCUUGAGCAAUCUCUAUCUCCGCUUUCUGUUUAAUUCAAUGGCUUAUAUAUUUGCACCAAUAGGUCGAUAACUAUUUGUAAAAUGUUUUGAUUCUAAAUA